ACUUCAGUUGAAAAGGUAGCUCCCUGUUGCACCGGGAUGACAGAAGACUGUAGCACAGGUAGCUAGCUAAGUACUACUUUACCUAGCGACGCCUUGCGUGACCCGAUUGGUCACAUCGGCUGCCUGCUGCAUUCAACCCCUCACCAUAUCUAGUCCGGGAUCACGUCGACAGCCUCCUCGUCCGUCGACAGCCUUCACCAUACAUUAUCGAAGAUGUUACCUGGCAAACGGAGAACGACGUUCAUGUCUUUGGCGGCUGCGGUAUUCGGAGCAGUGAUGCUGCAGUCCGUUUCUUCACAGAACGCGGGCUUCAUCAAGUCCCCCAUGUCCGAGGUGAAGCUCACGGGCGACACGUUUGAGCUGUACUGUGACGUAGUGGGCAACCCCACCCCGGAGAUCCAGUGGUGGUACGCCGAGAUCAACCGAGCGGACUCCUUCAGGCAGCUGUGGGACGGCGCCCGCAAGCGACGGGUGUCAAUCAACACGGCCUACGGCGCCAACGCCGUCAGCGUGUUGGGGGUCACCCGUCUGGGCCUGGACGACUCGGGGACCUACGAGUGCAGGGCCAGCAAUGACCCGCGCCGCAACGACCUGCACCAAAACCCCGCCACCACCUGGAUCCGAGCGCAGGCCACGAUCACGGUCCUGCAGAAGCCGACCAUCGCCUCCUCAGAACACACCACCCUCCCCUCCGACUCCCACAGCCCCCCCAUCACCCUGCAGUGCAACCUGAGCUCCGCCCAUGGGGCCCACGAGGAGAGCUUCUGGAUGAAGAACGGGGAGGAGAUCGAGGAGACGCGCACCGCCAACAGGAACACAGAGUACAAGCUAGUGAAACCAAGGGGAGACGACGCCGCGAGCUACAUGUGCGUUUACACGUUCGAGACCGCUCCUCCGGCCAACGCCACCAUUGAGGUUAAAGCCGCCCCUGACAUCACGGGCCACAAGCGCAGUGAGAACAAGAACGAGGGCCAGCGCGCGGUCCUGUACUGCAAGUCGGUGGGCUUCCCCUACCCCAACUGGACCUGGCGCAAGCUGGACAGCGGAGCCUUCAUGGACAUCGACAACUCGUCCGGCCGCUUCUCCGUGAGCAAUAAGGACAACUACACUGAGCUCCGCAUCGACAACCUGGACAUCAGCCUGGACCCCGGGGAGUACCAGUGCAACGCCACCAACAUGAUCGGCACCUCCUCCAUCACCUCCAUCCUCCGGGUGCGCAGCCACCUGGCCCCCCUGUGGCCGCUGCUCGGGGUCCUGGCCGAGGUCAUCAUCCUGGUGGUCAUCAUCGUGGUCUACGAGAAGCGCAAGAAGCCCGACGACAUUCAGGACGAUGACGAACCAGCCGGGCCAAUGAAAACAAACUCCACCAACAACCACAAAGACAAGAAUCUCCGUCAGAGGAACACUAACUGAGCCGAAUGUCCCCCAUAUAUUAUAAAAUAUGUAUUGACCACAUGAAGGUAAAGAAGAUGAAAGUGCAUAGGAUUUUUAAGUUAAUAACAAAUAUCUGCCAUUAAAGUAUGGAUGUGUGGGGGGGAGGGGGGAGAUUAAAUGGCUGUACUGUACGAGGCAUGCCUUAUGAGUUUAUUGAGUGAGGUGGGGGGGGCUACUUUGUCAUGACGUUGUUCAUGUUCACUCCAUGGUUGCUGCAUGCCGUUGUUGUUUAUUUAUAGAGUUCUCUUCAGGUUUGCUUUUCUGUCACUCUUUUAUUUUCCUAAUUUUUAUUUUUUGGGAUCAGUCCUAAAGGAAUAAUGCAUGCAAGAUUUGGACCUUCUGUUUGAUACAGAAAAGGCUUUUUCUUAUUUAUUAAUUUUUUCGAGAGUGGCUCAUUUAAGAUAAUCUGUACCGGGCAACGUAGGGGAAGGUCAGCUCCGACCGCGUGAGAACACAAGGCCACCGUAACUUGGUAUGACAGCUGUGUACAGUUUUAUCAUUUCACUGCAUACCAUUUUAUAAACUUCUAAGCUACCUGUUUCAUUUUAUCGUACGAUUGUUACCUUUACAUUUUAAGGGCUUUGCAUUGUCCCUCUGACCAUCGUUUGUUUUACAUCAUGAAUGCACUGUAUGUAUUAAGUCACUAUAACUAUGUCGGCCGUUAAUAUGAAAAGUACGCAGGUAAUGCACUUAAAUGUUGAGACUAGUAGAAAACAGUAUAAACUUAAGAAAAUCUGUACUCAUAUCAUGCAAACAUAUUGGGUUUUUUAAAUCAUCUGUAUUGUAUAGCAUGGCGAUUAUCCUAUGCAAUUAGGGCUCAUAUCAAUAUAUUAUAAAUGACAUUGCAGCUUUUAAUUAUCCGUGAUAAAGCUUUAAACUAGUUAGGUAGAGCGUCGCCGACAUACUUCACGGCUGCAUGACUUCUCUUUAGCUAUAAGGAAAGAGUUUUAAGAGGACCCGUGUCUGGGCUGGCAAAUGUAAAUCAUUCCCGAGAUCUCAUUUUUAAAAAUAAAACAUAACAAAAUA